AUGGGAUUAGAGGAAGAUGAAGAUUUUCACUUACUUGAAGACGCAAGGUGCCAAGUGCGUGCAGCAGUCGAUAGCCUCAAAGAUUCUUCUUUACUACUAGAAGGGUUUGAUAAAGAAUUUGUGAAGAUGCAUGACAUGGUUCGCGAUAUUGGCUUAUGGAUAACAUCAAAAGGGGAAAAUGAAUUUGAGCUAAGAGCCUGCACUCGUUUAGAGAGAAACACAAAAUUUGAAAGAGCCAUAGCAAUCUCCUUGAUCGAUUACAACACCAAACAACUUCCUGAUAAAUUGUUAUGUCCAAGACUCAACAUUUUGUUAUUGGGUGGAAUUCAAAGUUCCAAAAAUAUCUCUAACGCAUUGUUUAAAGGGAUGAAUUGUCUCAAGGUUUUAUCACUACUUAACAUAAUCUUAUCAACACAAUCACUCAAAUUAUUGACAAACCUUCGGACCUUAUAUUUGGAAAACUGCGAUUUCAGUGAUGACCUCUCUUCAUUGGGAAAGCUAAAGAGACUUGAGACUUUAAGCUUUUACAGAUGUGGAAUAAAUGCAUUGCCGAGUGAGUUAGGGGAAAUGGCGAGUUUAAAAAUGCUAGAUUUGACAGGUUGUGAUCAACUGCAACAGAUUCCACCAAAUGUGAUACGAAGAUUAUCCAAAUUAGAAGAACUAAUCAUUAGUAGCAGCUUCAAGAAUUGGGAUGUUGAAGGGACAACCUCAGAAAUAAGCAACGCUAACUUAUCAGAGUUGAACUCAUUACCCCGCUUGGUUAAUCUCUCUCUAAAGUUGAACUCGAAUCAUUUACCCAAAGGCUUUGUUUUCCCAGAGCAUUUGCGUAGAUAUUUCAUAGAGAUUGGCAAUCCGUACUUCUCUGCUAUGACACCUGGGCGAACCCUAGCAAUCAAAGAUUUGAAUGCCUCCUCAAUGAACGCAUUGAAGUCGUUGUUCCAUACCGUGGAAUAUCUUUCGAUCGAGUCUUGUGAGAUGGAAUGCAUUGUUGAUACAAUAUGUGAGGGGCCCAACCAAAAUCUGGUAUGUCUAUCAAUUGCUCGAGAUCUUCCCCAACUAGAAAGUCUUCCUCAAUUAAAGCAAGUGUUUGGCCACGGAAAAGGAGGAGAUGAUGGGGAUGGAAACAACAGCGUGCUAUCUAAGUUGAGAAACUUAAUAUUAAAGAACUUACCGGAGCUUGUCAGUUUGGGUGGAGGAAAUAGUUCUUCAGUUUGGCCAUCAUUGCCAUUGGAGAGGCUAUACGUGUUGAACUGUCCUAAAUUGAAGUUGUCAUUUUUUGCUAAUGUGGAAGCGAAUGUACCGGCUGUGCAAAAGCUUCAAAAUUUACAGAUCUUGUCUCUACGCUAUUGGAAUGCAAUUUCAUUUGAUGGGAUUCAAGGUUUGUCAAAUUUGGAAGAAUUAGAAAUUAAAAAUUGUGGAGGAAUCCAAGAGGUGAUUAAGCUUGAAGGGCUUCUUACUAUAAAAGAAGAGCAACAAGAUCUAUUGCUCCCAAGAUUGAAGAAAAUGUUGUUGAUUGAUCUACUUGAACUGAGGUGCAUAUGGAAGGGCACAACUAAACUUAUAAAUCUCAACAAUCUUGAAGAUUUAAAAGUCAUCAGAUGCAAAAAAUUGACACAUCUCUUCACACCGACCCCCACUCAAAGCUUACAAAAGUUGAAAUUUCUUGAAAUUGAAAGGUGUGACGAAUUGGAGCAUCUAAUUGUUGAAAAUGCAGAAGAACAAGUCUUAUCAGAGAGUCAUCCCCAACCUUUAUGCUUCCCUAAACCAAAUGUGGUCAAAGUCAAGGUCGGAAGUUGCAAUAAAUUGAAGUGUCUCUUCCAUGUGGAUCGUUGGAAUGCAGUUUCCAUUUUUUUGAGAUUAGAAGAAUUGGAAUUGAAGAACUGUGGAGGAUUGCAGGAGGUGUUCAACUUUGAAGGUUUUCUUACUAGAGAAGGAGAACAACAAGAUGAGUUUUUCCCAAGAUUGAGGAAAAUGUGCUUGGUCGAACUACAUGAAUUGACAUAUAUAUGGAAGGGUCCAAUCCAACUUAUAAAUCUCAACAAUCUUGAAGAUUUAAAAGUCGUCGGAUGCAAAAAAAUGAUGCAUCUCUUCACACCGGCCCUCGCUCAAAGCUUACAAAAGUUGAAAUUUCUUGAAAUUGAAAGGUGUGACGAAUUGGAGCAUAUAAUUGUUGAAAAUGUAGAAGAACAGGUCUCAUCAGAGAAUCAUCUCCAACCUUUAUGCUUCCCUAAACUGAUAAGAGUCAAUGUCAAAUACUGCAAUAAAUUGAAAUAUCUCUUCCCCAUGACCAUCGCUGAUAGUCUUUUAGAACUAAAGAUUCUCAUAGUAAAAGAAAACUCUCAAUUAAUGGAAGUAUUCACACAUGAAGGAGACGCUGGAGCUCAGAAAGAUGUAACGCUCCCUCUACUAGAAUUUAUGGGACUCAAAGGUCUACCAAGCCUUGUUAACUUCUGCCCAAAGAACUAUCAGUUUAUACUGCUAAAAUGGAGGAAGUUAAGAGUGGAAAGCUGUAAGAACAUGAGGACGACUUUUACCCGUACUCCAGACAGAAGUGUGCUUAUAAAUGGAGAGGUAGCCCAGAUAGACGAGCCUACAGGGACUUCAACAAUUUCUCCAGUGCUUACCAUAUGCCCUGCCAACAACGAUAUAAUAUGGGACUCAGGUGGCUACUUAUCACCAGAUGGAUUAUAUUUUUACGUAGAAUUCGAAAGAUGUUGAUUUGGAUUUAUUAUGGUCUUUUCUACACACGUGGCUUAAAUUUGUGGCGGGCUCAUGGAUGGAUGGACGUGCUACUUCUGUAGAGGUCUCCGUCCUCAAAAUAUUCUCAUCUCUGUAUUUCACAACUCUUUUGCUUUCUAUUUAUUUGAUGUGUGUUUUAUUUUAUUUUAUUUUUUUAUAGAUAAUGUGUUUUUUUCUUUUUAUUUCUUGAACAAGAGACAAAUAUUUGUACAACUUUUUUAAGUGAUAAUUUAUUAUUAAAACAUCAUUUUUACAUUUUUUAUUA